AUGACAGAAUCACCUGCAACAAUAAAGAGAAAGAGACAUACGAAUUCUAAAUUGGGCUGUUUGAACUGCAAGCGGAAAAAGAUUAGAUGUGAUGAGAGCUUGCCACUGUGUAAAAACUGUUUGAAAGGAAAGAAAGAUACAUGCUCAUAUUUGUCUUUACCACUGGACGAAAUUGAAAAGAUUAAAUUGACUCACUCAUUGAGAAAUAGUCAAAACAAACUAUUAAAUUCAAACUAUCGAUUACCAGCAACAAAUAUCCUAACUACGUCAAGAAAUGAACCUUUUGAACCUGCAGGAGGUAAGAAGAUGAAAGUUGUCAACUCUUUGAGCAGCAGUGUUUUGGACUUUAAGUUUGAACUAGCCGAUUUGCCUGUCCUUAUACCCUCAAUUACUUACCCACCAUUGCAAUACAAUAAUCUUUCGAUGCAAGACUUUACCAAUGAAUUCAAGGUUAUGAACGACUUUGAUAGUGAUGAUUACACCACUGGCUCGCCAACUCAACUGUCAAAGAGAAACAUUUUACCUAACGGCUUUGAGCACCGAAUCACAUUUAAAGUCGUGAACCCGAGGGCAUUUAAACGCGUUGACUCAGCCCAUGCCGUGACCACAACAAAAGUUGUUUCUGACUAUAGUCUCCACUUGUUUAUUGGUAAAAACACGUUGUUUGAUUAUAUGAGUGACUUGUUUAUGGACAAGAUGUCUGAUCAGGGGUUAAGUUUGGCAGUGCAGUGCAUUGGUGAAGCUAUACUUUUGAAUCAUUUAAAGAACAAACCACCGUCAUCGAGAGCGGAAACUGAUAAGAAGCUAAUUGGGCGUCUUGAAAACCGUGUAAGGGAAUCUUUCAACAAAUGCUGCCAGAUGUUGGAAUCAAAAGUGGCCAAAAUCCAACAAACAAAAUGUGUAAACUAUAAUUACAAUAGCGCUGGUGGUGAUUUAGAGUUGGCAGCUUAUACUGGUAACUUUUUAACUUUUAAUUCAAUCAUUCUGAAGCAAGGCGUCAAGACGCAUUUUAAUACUAUGAAGUUACCAUUACUUGCAUACAACACUUAUUCUCGGUUGCAAGAGACGAUACCAAGUAAAAAGUUGUCGGUUGUUUCAUUGUUGAAGAAGAAUUUGCAGUAUAAUGUAAUAAGUGCCAAUGUCCCAUCAUACAAUCCACAAUUUUUAUUUGAAAUCGAAUCCAAUUUGAGAAGUCUUGAAUUCAUCUUCACGCCUGAGGUUUUGUUCAAAGUCAAGGUUGAUUCAUCGAUUCGGGCCGAAUUUGAGACUUUGAAAGCACAAUAUUCAUCCUUGAUGAAAUUCCUCAAGGAUAAAGUUUUGAACAUAAUUUUUGCCUUGCGUGAUGAAAGCAGUCUUUCAGUGUACCCCAUUGAUGCAAUUUAUGAUGUGUUGCUGACCUGGCAUGCAAUGUGCCCACCAGAAGCUUUGGUGUAUAAACCAAAGAUUAGUUCGUCGUUUUAUGACGAGUCAGUGUUUUUGAAAGAUUUAUCAACUACAUUAUACACCUAUUACAGUGCAAUUGCUGCUGCCUUGGAUGCGGUGUUCCCCUCAUGCAAGUAUCUUUUCAGUUUGAGUUUCAUACUUCCAGUAAGUCAAUGUUACAGCGAUAAGGAAACAUUGACGGUAUCGAAAUAUAACCCGUACACUAGGUCCUUCUUCAGUCAUAAAAUCGAUGAGUUGUUGCAACGUCACAUCAUCUAUGCAUCUCGGUUAUAUGCUUUCUUUAAGAGACGGUUUGUCUUUUAUCACAACAAUAUCAAGUGGUCAAAUUACUACGAUAAUGCUACAUUGAUUAAUAAUAGGCUGAAGAGUAGGAAACUAUCCAAUGCCACCGAAGUGGCUAUCAAGAGUUUCAAUACAACAUUAAUACGACCGGAGCAUUAUCCAAUUAGAGACAAAUCAGUUGAUCCAUCGAACGCUGUCAACAAUUACAUCAGCUUCACUCGUGAAGAUGACCCUUUAGUGAAAAACUUGUACGCUAGAAACAUUGAAACGUUGAAUAUCUUUGAUGAGACAUCAAUCUUGCAAUUUGAUUACGAGAGUAUGUUGUUGCUUAAGGAUUAUCGAUCAUUUGACGACGAGAGUGAAGUUAGUCGUGAAGUUUUAAGUGCGAAGGAUAUUCGUGAUCAUUAUGAAGAUAGAAUUACGAUAUUAGAUGAAGCAAGUAGGAAUUGGUAG